UCAACCGCUGAUGAGACGACGGAAAGCAAAGCUGAUCCCAGGGUUAAGAAGGAGACGACGACAGCCAUCGAAGUGUCCACAGAGGAUAACGACACCAACAAUAGGGGCGACCACUUAACCAAUGAUGACUCCGAUGAUGCAAACACAUCAACGGAUCCGCGGCUGAGAAGACUCGCGAAAAUGCGGACAAACAGUGAAGAGUCUUAUAGCUCGAGGAGAGACAAUGCAAUACCACUCCGGGAACGGGUCCACCAGUUGCUCAUCAAACGUAAGCCAAUGGAAGCGUACAAUGAACUGAAACAAGACGUGAAGUCCGCCGAUAUGUGCAAAUACAAGGACCAGUUGCUGGACAUCGCCAAAGACUGGUUCCCCGCCAUUGUGUACAACGCUUACGACCCGAGGACUGUCUACAUAGAAGGCCCUCAAAUCAGUUCCUUUCAGAAUCUCAUGCGAGACGUCUUCAACGUUAAGACCAAACUCAAGCACUUCUGGGAGACUAUUAUCAUUGAAAUUCAGAAGUUCAUCGACGAGACCAGGAUUAAGACUGUGCCACAAUUGUUGACAAAACUUCGAUGGGUUUUAGUGAAAGACAUUAGGGAUCACCUCAUGGAAGAGGACAUCCAGAUCGGCAUCAGAGCCACGAAUGUAAUCAUCGAUCAGAGGAUCGUUUUGCAGGUGACUCGAGACGCUCAUCGACGACAGUUCGAGGCCACAGUCACUCCCGCGGCGAACCCGUCGGUCAAACCACAGGUGGCAACAGUGGCCCCCUAUAUGUCGUCUACGCCCACCUCAUCCCUGUUCGCUGACAUGAUUCCGUUGACUAAACCCAAAGCGCCGACUCCAGUGCCCACUCCGCCCGUGCAAGUGGUGGAUGAGAUGGAGUCGAUGGGCGCCGACUAUAUGAAGGGUAAACCCACGCACGAGACGUCCGAUUCGCGUAUUUUACAAAUCGGCAAUUUUCUGACCGGCGAUCAGUACAUGAAAUUAGUUCAGAUGAUGAGCCGACACAUCACGAACACCAACUUCACGGUGAUUGAGGAGUUCGGUCGGGCGCUCAGGUUUUUGUUGAGCCACAGCCCAAAGGCCUCUAUUUUUGACAUAUUUCGCAAAAUUCACGACACAAUUAAACUGAACAACAGUUUCCCCGAACAGCGACUGAUCCUUAUAUUUGAGAAGCUGUUGAAAGAGUUCUUAUCAGUCACUCAAUACAACCCCAAAGAGUGGAUUCUGUUACGGGAUUUCACAAUCAAUAGUUUGGCGCACAUUCCCAACAACCCAUUCAACGAGAGGUUUAUACCAAUUAAGCACAACGUUGUCUACCAUUUAGACUACACGAACGCCAACAAUGGUUUAGUCAUCAAAUACGACGACUUCGACAGAGAUAUACCUUUGAUC